AUGUCGUCUAAUGCAGGACAAAACCCGCCUCCCUCCAAAGCAAUAAACAUUUCCAAUACCCCGGCCGCCUCUCCAACAUUCUAUUCGUCAGCUUCAACUGAUACCAACGCUCAGCGGCGUGUCGGAGGUUCUGGGAGUUUUGGAGCAGGCUUGUCUUCGAGAAACUUUGCAGCUUCAAGGAAUACGCAAGGCCGAAAGAAUCAGCCUAAGCGUCAGAAAGCACCGCGACUUUUAGAUGAUGACGAAUAUAGUGAAUCAGCCGUGAUGAAAUCAACAAACAGUCGCAAAGGACAAACGUCCAUCACUCAUUUGAUGAACUUUUCACUUCCUCCUCGUCCACAAUACCAACCACCUCCUCGCAAUACUCGCCGUUAUAAUAGCUCUGGUUAUCACGCUGUGGACAAGGCACGCUAUGUCCACGCUAACUACCGUUUCAUCGUGUCCCCGGAUCGUAAUUACCAUGCACAGGCGGCGAAUGCCGACGUCCAUUUGGAUUGGGCGUCAGUGCUCCAAGUACUAGUAUCUGCCCAGACUCAGGCUGCCAGUUGUCCGAUCUGCCUAUCAACGCCAGUAGCUCCACGGAUGGCUCGCUGUGGUCAUAUCUUUUGUCUUCCUUGUCUUAUCCGGUACAUGCACGCAUCGGAAGAGGAAAACCCUGUCCCGGAAAAGAGACCUCGCUGGAAAAAAUGUCCAAUUUGCUGGGACUCUAUAUACUCAUCUGAGACCCGCGCUGUUCGUUGGUUCCGGGGACAAGAGGGUGAUCUACCAUUCGAAGGUGGAGAUGUUGUACUAAGAUUAGUCAAGCGAGAGCCUGGCAGUACUCUUGCCCUACCUCGGGAUGGUGCUGAGACUCUUGAGAAAGGAGAAGACAUUCCUUGGUAUCAUGUGGCUGAGGUUAGCGACUAUGCUCGAAUCAUGAAAGGGGGUGAAGAGUACAUGGAAUCACAGUAUGACAGCGAAAUUGAAGAUCUUCGCCGUCAAGAAAUUGAGGACGAGCUUUUAUUCGGUGAUGAAAAUACCUGGACGCGCAAGGCAAUAUCAGCUAUUUAUGGCGCCAAAGAAAGUUUAAAGGGCAUUGGCAAUCCACCGGAGGUUUCACGCCGCCUAGUUGUCUCCAAAUCUAUCAAUGAAGUAGGCCAGGAGACAGGAUCCAACGCGACCGAAUCAACCGACGCUAUUCCACCGACUACUGGUCCGUCUACGGAUGUGGCUCCUGGUGUCGCUACAGAUUCGCAAUUAUUGCCUAAUUUCACAUUGUCACCUGCCAAUUCGGGUGAAUUAAACCAAUUGGCAGAGGCUAUGGGCUCAAUGGAGGUUGCGCCGGUCUCCAGUUCCAAGUCCCAACCAAAGGGCAAGGGGAAAGAACUGCAACAAACGGACCAUGCUUACCACUUCUAUCAAGCUCUUCCCCAAUUCUAUCUGUCGUCCCUUGACAUUAGGAUUCUCAAAUCAGCAUUCAAUGAAUACGCUUCAUUCCCAGCGACUAUAUUGCCUCGAGUGGAGCACAUCUCGACGGGUCACAUUGUCGAUGACGAACUUCGCAAACGAGUGAAAUACUUAGGACAUCUACCGUACGGAUGUGAAGUCAAUUUCCUCGAAUGUGACUGGCGGGACGUAGUUACACCUGAUAUUCUUGCCAAAUUUCGCCCUGAAACCGAACGGAGACGAAAGCGCAACCGCGAAAAAGAGGCUCGUGAGGAAAAAGACCGCAUUCGUGCAGAGAAAGAAGAGGAUGAUAAACGCUGGGCUGCAGCACGGCACAAGCGACCUAGUAUUGGAAACAUCAGCGAAGCUCCCUUCUCAGUUAACGACUUUCACCCGCUGACCAGCAAUGAUCCGGCGCAAUUUGAUACCGGCACCUCUUCUGCCUCUCCGCCUCGCGCUUCUUCGCAAUUCAGAGCUUUGGCCUCUCCUUCUUCCAGCCCACCGGGCGUUCGUACUGUCUGGGGUACAACUGCCAUUCAAUCGCGCUCUCCAACUCUAGAAGCCCAGCAUGGUAUACCCAACGAUGGAUGGCGGCAGGGCUGGGAAGAUGAACUACUAGCCCAGCAAGAAUCCGAGGUGAUGGCCCGGACAGCCCCGGCCCCCGCCGAGGGGUCCUCUGCAUCUGCUCCGUCAAGUGGUGGCGGCAAGAAAAAGAAGAAGAGCAAAAUCACUCUGAUGUCCACUAACAGCCACCGAGGGGCAUAA